UCAAAAACUGACAAAAAUUUUCUGUAGAUUUACCAUGAGUUACGAUCUUUAUGACAUUAAAGAAGAAGACCUCAACGAAAUUCCAAGUGAAAUAACCACUAUAUCAGGAUUUGCUUCAAACGACGAAAUACCAGAAGAUUUAGAACUUAUCGGUAUCAUUGCGGAGGAAGAUACCUGCGUUGGAUUUCUGUUAGGAGGCAUAGGACAACUAAACAAAUAUGACGAGCCGAACUAUUACAUUUAUACCGACCAAAUAGAAUUUAUAGAACUGGAAAAUAUAUUUUUAAACUUUCUAGAAAGACGUGACAUCAGUAUUUUGCUCAUCCAAAAAGAGGCAGCUGAAAAAAUUCGCCACACAAUUCUCGUUCAUCAAAGGAGUAAGUACAUGCCGGUGGUUGUCGAAAUUCCUGGAAAAAAUGGCCCUUAUGAUAUCAGCAUUGAUUUUCUGUUGGACAUAUUUGACUGCCACGAAAAGGAAAAGGAUGUGAAAUUGUCAGAACGAAGGCAGAGUUUAACUGAUAAGAGAGUGCAUUGGGACCACGACGAAUCCAGUGAACAUGUUAAAGGAUCCCAUUCUAGCGAUAAUCAUAGAUCGAGCAGUACGAGUUCUGUCUCUGGACACUAUGCGAAAGAUUUUUUUAAUGAAUAGAAGUACAGCUAGGGUAUGUAACAGCAUAUUUAUAAAUGUGAAUAUAAAAU